AUGAAUGGCUUGAGCUCAAAUUCUGGUGCUCAUGCCGAUUGCGGGCAAAAGUCACUGGAACGUGGUGGACGUGGUUCUGCAGACGCUGGUAGCCCAUGGGCACAACGUUACCGCGGUGACUUCGUUCCCCAAGAAAAAGCCGAUUGCCAAUUACACGGAAGUGGACAUUUCGCAUUUAAUCCCGUCGGCGAUCGGCUUGGCCUAAGCGCUUUCUGUUGUUUGUAA